AUGUUGACAUCUUCUAGGCCUUACAAAAGAUACUACCAAAUGGCAAGGAAGAGAAAACAACCACCAAACAGUAAAGCCCCGGUCGAUUUGCCAUUAGAGAAGCGGGUAAAGUAUGAUAAACCUGUGGAUGGCUCAAUCUACCAUCCUGUGCUUUCACUUUACUAUUCCCGGAUAAUGACGCUCAGAGACUAUCUUCAUGCCCAACUACCGGCGUCGUCCAAAUCACGAAGGAGAAAAAUAGCGUCCAUCGGCUUGAACAACCAGCGCGGUACACCACAUACAUUGUUCUCCUUGACUCUCCCUCCCCGGUCACCAAGCUCUGGCAUCCUGAGAACCCAUGAAGAAACUCAGAUCAUAGCUGAUGUCCUGGACUCAACGCUUGUGGGCAUUCUCAAAGAAUCUGAUCGUGCUAUUAACGAUGCGAGACAAAAAGAAUUCGCUGCGUAUACACAAUCUAAAGUCCGCUCUUCACUAGAAUAUACUAAUAUCGGUGCUACCAUAUCUCAGUCGGAUAUCGUAGAUUUCGCGAUACUUAGUCUUUUUAAAAGAUUCCGUGGCUCUUUUUAUAAACCACCGCAUCUGCUGUGCCAUGGUUUCCAGAGGGCGACUGGUCAGUGUCGUCCAGACCACGAACAUGAUGCCAUGGUUGGGAUACCUGGAGUUGUUCCCCAGUAUCCCAAUAAGAAUGUUUCAACUUUGAAGAACUCCCCUUGGACUGAUGUCUUUGGUCUGCUCGGACAAACCUGUGCUGAAGUUAUGCUCCAUUUACUCCUGGACUGCGCAGUAUUUACUGAAGUAGACGGCAAAAAUGGUAGCUUCUAUCAAUUAAGUGGAAUACCAUUAUCUGAACUCAACGCUCUUGACUUGAAAACCUGUAAAAUGGCCAAAGGCGCAACUGAUAUGGACACAGCGCCAGUCGAGGAUAGUUUCCACAGCCCCGCAAAUAUUAUCUUCGUUAGAAGCAGGAUGCUUUAUGCACGAGCUGCAGUAGAUAAUAAAGGAAGAGUAAAAUUCGGUCUGAGGCAUACUCACGUUUUGAAUAGAUACCCAGAGAGCACCAACCGGAGUCAUACGGUUCACAUAAUGAAAUACAUUUUUCCCCGUCAAUUUGAUUUGCAUAAUGUCUUCACGUCAGCACUUGUAUCCCAGCACCCCCUGUUUUUGCCGCCUUCCGAUGUGCAGCUAUUGGAACAAACACAACAUCUAGGGAGCAAGCCAAGCAGCUCCACAAAGCUCAAUGUGGCAUUUAGCCAAGGUGGGAGCGCCCACAAACUUCUCAUGACAGAUUAUGCAACUCCCACAGCUUCCGUGUCGGCAUUUUGCCGGGCCGUGUUGCUAAAGCUUGUCCCGAAUGAGCUGUAUGGUGAUGGGGAGAAUGGGAUUAAAAAUAGAGAUAUUAUAAUGCGACAUGUAGAUAGCUUCGUGAGAUUGCGUAGGUUCGAGAGUCUAUCCUUGCACGAGGUUGUACAGGGAUUGAAGAUCACUUGUGUCAAAUGGCUUCAACCCCCUUCCCGAAACGAAAUUCACGAAUCCUCGUCAGCUAAGCUUUCAUCUUCAGAUAUCCGCAAACGCACGGAAAUCUUUCUUGAGGUGGUCUACUAUAUCUUUGACUCCCUCCUCAUACCACUGAUUCGUUCUAAUUUCUAUGUCACGGAGUCGAGCAUUCAUCGUAAUCGUUUGUUCUACUUUCGGCAUGAUAUAUGGCGAAGACUUGCAGAGCCGCCCAUUCUCCAGCUUAAGCUGUCAAUUUUUGAAGAAGUCAGGACAGAAAGUGCCGAGAGAAUCCUUUCCGGGCGCAAUUUGGGGUACAGCUCUUUAAGGCUGCUGCCAAAAUCAUCUGGUGCACGACCAAUUGUUAAUUUGAGACGGAGACCGGCCAGGAAAUGCGGGUGGGGAGGGUUGAGUGAGCUGGGUCCAAGCAUCAAUUCUCUCAUGGCCCCAGCGUUUAAUGUCCUCAAUUAUGAGAAACGCAAACGCCUGGGGAUGCUCGGGUCAACACUGUUCUCCAUUGGCGACAUCUACUCUCGCUUGAAAGCUUUCAAGGAACGUAAGAUGCCACACAACGUGGCAAGGACAAAGCCGUUUUACCUUGUGAAACUAGACAUACAGUCGUGCUUUGACACGAUCCCACAACAGCGGUUGAUCCAACUGGCUAGUCGGCUUGUUGCUGAGGAUGAAUAUAUAGUGACCAAACAUGUAGAAAUAAGGCCACCAGAUGAAACCCCCAAUGCAGCAAUCCCAAACCACCAUAUUAUCAAGGCUAAACCGGCGAGGAAAUUCAUAUCCAAGGCGACAGGAUUUGCUGACCUCACAAGUCUAUGUGAAGUACUUACUGGUAGGGAAGGGAAAAGCAAAAAACAUACCAUCUUCGUCAACACCUCGACCUACAAAAAAUACCAGAGGAACGACAUCCUCCGCCUUCUCGAAGAACAUAUACGAAACAACCUGGUGAAGAUGGGAAAGAGGUAUUUUCGACAAAAGACCGGUAUCCCACAGGGAUCCAUCGUUUCCACAUUGCUUUGCAACUUUUUUUACUCUGAAUUCGAGCGGGAACAUCUUGCGUUUCUGGAUUGUGACAACGCCCUCCUUUUGCGGUUGAUAGACGACUAUCUCCUCAUAACGACGGAGCCAGAUCUGGCCUCCCGAUUUCUGCAUAUUAUGCUACAAGGUAAUCAGGAGUACGGAAUUUCGGUUAACCCAGAGAAAAUUCUCGUGAACUUCACGACAACCAUUCAAGGGCACAAACUACCUGGCCUCCUUGAGCCAUAUCAACGCCAAUUUCCAUAUUGUGGGAACUUCAUCGACACGUAUACACUCUCCCUUAUGAAGGAUCGCACUCCAAAGGAUCCCAGCCUUACUACCUCAGACACCUUAACUGUCGAGGCGAACAAAACCCCUGGAGUAAAGCUCUACCUCAAGGCGGUCAACUCCUUUAAAAUGCAGGCGCAUGCUAUGUUCUUGGAUACAAAGCAUAACUCGCCCUCCGUAGCGCUCAUGAGUAUCUAUCACAUAUUCCUCGAAUCAGCUAUGAAACUAUACGAGUACACACGCUUCCUUGGCUAUCGAGGUCAUAGGGGGCGAAGAAACUCCACAGCUACAUCAUCUUCACUCCUUAUUCGUACUAUGGCAGCCGUCAUAGAUGUUGCCAUUCACGUAAUUCUGUCGAGAAAAUCAACGGCCUCCCAGGCUGGAUUCGAGAGUAGCGUGACAAGAUCGCAAGUCCGCUGGCUCGCGGCCGCGGCAUUUAAGUCUAUUUUUGGUCGCAAACAGACCAAGUUUGUUGCAGCGAUCCAUUGGUUGAAUGGAGUGAGUAGGGCAUCAGAGCCCAUAGCCGAUGGAGAAGCAGUGAUGCUGCAGAAAGUUGUCAAAAAUGAGAGAUUUUUUUGA